UCAUUCUGUCGUCGCACAUGCAGCCGGGAACAUCGUUUUUUCCUCAAAUAUUGGUCUAUGACUGAGUUAUCGCUGCCAGCUGUCUCAGCACGUGUUGCUUCUUAUCCGUUUCUUUAUCAGCCUGUCAAAACAACAGUUCCAGUUUUACCAUUUCGCUUCUCGGCCAUGUUUCUGGAGUCUGAUGAUGAACUGAACUACAAACUACUCACCAGAGACAAAGUAGAGGAUGUUUUGGCUAUACAGGCUCAGACCAUGAAACAGGAAAAUCUGGCAAUAGGUUUGGGGAUGUUUGAAGAAGAUGGAGCUCCAGAAGAGAUGUUGUUAGUCUUCAAGGAAGUCAUCAAAGAUGGUACCACGUUGAUGGCUGUUGACAAGAAGACGAAUGAAUUAGCAGCGGUGGCGUUCAACAAACUUCAUGCUAGACCGAAAGAAGGAGUAAAGGAUGAGUUAGAGGUGUUCAUAGAGGAGAACCUGAGACACCAGACGUGCAGGCAGCUUGUCAAGCUUCUCGAUGACACUCAGUGCAGCGUGGAUAUUUUUGAGAGGAACAAUGCAAAUGGGGCGUUGGAGCUGUUUUAUCUUGGCACCAAUCCACGUUACCAAGGCCGAGGGAUCGGCCGCCAAAUGGUAGAAAAGUGUAUCGAGUUCGGUCGAGGACUGUUGAACGGUACAAUGAAGAGAACAUCGAUCGACGGUGACGUUCUAGAGCAGCACGUGCUCCCAGAGAUAAUUUUCGGUGUAUUUGCCUCCAACUACAGCCAAAGAAUCGCAGACAAAUUGGGUUUCGAGGUUUUACAUGAGUUUCGAUACGAAGAUUACAGCUUUGCUGGCAGAAAAAUGUCCGAGAGGAUAGGAGACGUUCAUAGAACGGCCAGGUUGCAGGUUUUGAAACUUUAAAAAGAACUAAGACGUGCGAGAGAUAGGUUCUAUAGUGAGAUCUUUGAUGUUAUGCUGUUGUGAGAGUUAAGAGUCUAUGAAAACUGUAAUAUUUGGAAUGGUUAAUAAAUGGUACUAAUAUGUACCAUUUAAUGAAAUAUUUUUCUUAAUCAAGAAAUAUUAUCAGUAUUUUUUGUUUGUAGAACCUUUCGAGAUAUGAAUAUAAUAUUCCAAGAAAAAUAAAGCACGAAGGAAUCCAAAUGGUAAUUUAGUUUGUCUCGCUAUGCCAUGGGUUUUAUCAGACACAUUUUAUUGUCAGAUAUUAAGUAACAAUUAAAUAAUUAAAACUCUUUGAUAGAAUAACGUUCGAAUUUACAUUCAGAUUCGUUCUCAAUCUUAAACUAAAAUUCAAAUUCAAAUAUCAAUUUGAAUUUAGUAAUUGAAUAAAUAUCGAAACUAGUUCUAGCUAGUCAUUUUUAAAAGACGCAUUUCACCAUCCAUCAUGAGAGGAUUUCAGAGGAAAAAAGAAAGCAGUGAUGGGCAGAAUCAGUACGAGGGCACUCGAGAUGAAUAUCAAGCUCGACAGUGAAGAGAUUCUACGUUAUCUCACGAGUGUCUCGUGGCUGGUACAUAAUUAACUUCAUUAGUCGGUGCCUGCUUUUCAGUAACUUAAUUGAUCUUGUUAUUCAAACGAGUGGACGACGAGUGGUCGAGUGACAAGAAGAUGAGUUUUAUACGACGACCUUUUUUUUUUUACCUUUUUUAUAUAAGUAUAUAUAUGUAUGUAUUAACACAUUUACAAUCCGGUACAUAAUUGUUGAAUAUAGUGAAUAUAUUGAGCGUAAUUAUGAAUCCAAA